UCCCUGCUGUCCCCCAGUGUCCCCAGUGUCCCCCAGUGCCCCCCAGUGUCCCCAGUGUCCCUGCUGUCCCCCAGUGUCCCCAGUGUCCCUCAUUGUCCCCCAGUGUCCCCAGUGUCCCUCAGUGUCCCCAAUAUCCCCCAGUGUCUCCCAGUGUCCCCCAGUGUCCCCAGUGUCCCCAAUAUCACCCAGUGUCCCCCAGUGUCCCCCAGUGUCCCCAGUGUCCCCAGUGUCCCACACCUCUCCCCGCCAUGCUCCCACUGACCCUGCCCCUCCUGGCCAUGACCGCAAUGACCACGGCCACCACCGGUGUCCCCCCUGGUGGCACUGCCACCCCCGUGGUGGCCCUGGACAUGGCCCCGGACUCCUUCGAUGACCAGUACCGGGGCUGCGGCCGCGCCAUGGCCGCCGAGCUGCCAGCCCUCAACCGCUCCGAGCUCCAGCGUGGCGGCCACUGGGCCGAGGGCUGGGCUCUGGCCGCAGCCCAGUGGCGCGUCCGGCCGUCCCCUCGGUCCCCUCGGUCCCCUCUGUCCCCGGCCCAGGCCAUGGCCCUGCUGGCCUACACGGCGCCGGUGCCGUUACACCGAACGUUCAACGCGGCCGUGCGCGCGGCCGGGCGCUCCCGCCGGGAGUACCGGGACAACUUCCACUUCAAAACGCUGCAUUUCCUGCUGAGCCAGGCGCUGGUGGCACUGCGGGACGCUCGGGGCCCGCGGUGUCACCGCGCGUUCCGUGGCGUGCGCGGGCUGCGGUUCGCGGCGCGGCGCGGGGACCUCGUGCGCUUCGGCCACUUCGCGUCGGCGUCGCUGCGCAACGAGAGCUCCUGGAGCUUCGGCACGGACGCCACCUUCCAGGUGCUCACCUGCCAGGGCGUGGCCAUCCGGGAAUUCUCCUUCUUCCCGCACGAGGAGGAGGUGCUGAUCCCGCCCUUCGAGACCUUCGAGGUCACCGAUGUCACCAAUGUCACCGAGGGUGGGGACAAGGUGCGGAUCCGGCUCCGCUCCAUCGGGACCGUCAGCAAAUACAACUGCGAGUGGCUGCGAGAGCAACGCUGCGGGGACGGGCCCUGUGUGUUCGACACAGGCCGGAGCGUCCCCAGGACCCCUCCCCUCCUCCUGGCCACCACAGCCCUGGCAGUGGCCAUCGGAACCUUCUGAGCCACGAGGCCACCGAGGCCACCAAGGUCACCAUGGCCACCAAGGACACCAGGACCUUCUGAGCAACAGGGCCACCAAGGUCACCGAGGUCACCAUGGUCACCAAGGUCACCAAGGCCACUGUGGUCACAAUGGCCACCAAGGACACCAGGACCUCCUGAGCAACAAGGUCACCAAGGUCACCAUGGUCACCAUGGCCACCAAGGUCACCAUGGCCACCAUGGACCCCAGGACCUCCUGAGCAACAAGGUCACCAAGGUCACCGAGGUCACCAAGGUCACCAUGGCCACCAAGGACACCAAGGAUGCCAAGAUCACCAAAGCCACCGAGGCCACCAAGGACACCAGGACCUCCUGAGCAACAAGGCCACCAAGGCCACCAGGGUCACCAAGACCACCAAGGCCACCAAGGACACCAAGGAUGCCAAGAUCACCAAGGCCACCGUGGCCACCAUGGACCCCAGGACCUCCUGAGCAGCAAGGCCACCAAGGCCACCAAGGUCACCAUGGCCACCAAGGUCACCGUGGUCAAGAUGACCACCAAGGUCACCGAGGUCACCAAGGUCACCAAGGCCACCACAGCCACUCUGGCCACCAAGGCCACCACAACCACAGUGGCCACCAAGGCCAGGAUAAGGGGACAAUGACAGGGCCACCACUGCCACCAGGACAGGGGGGACCUUGGACGUGUCAUGGCCGCCGUUCUCGGCUUCUUGGGGAAUUUUCUGUCCUUUUCCGGAAAUUUCCAUUUUCCCGCUGGAUUUUAUUAAACUCAAUCCACCAAAGAUC